AUGCCUCCUAAACGUAACUGGACAAAACCUAUAGAUCGACAUGCUGAAAAACACGAAGGUGAAUCGGCCAAGCUUCAUGAACGACACAUCAACAAAUUCUCCAAACCACCUCGGGAAGGUGAAACUGUGGCACAACGAAAAGAACGAAAACGAAAGGAAGAAGAAUUAGCUGCCAUAAUGAAACAAGAAGCCAUAGCCAAACGACAAAUGGAACAACGACAAGCAAAACAACGUGCAAAGGAACUAGCAGAGAAGGAAAAUAGAGUACGUGAUGUUUUUAUCCCACAAAUCAUCAAUGUCGCCAAUUUAUCCAAGGUUUUGGGUGUUCGUGCUGAACAAAUCUUAUCUACUAUGGAAGAAUUGGAAAUGGGUAGUGCUAAACACGAUCGAAUGUUGAACGCCGAUGAAUCUAGUUUGAUCGCUAUGCAACUGAAUUUAAAUCCUAUUGUGGAUGAAAGACAAUCUCUGGAUCUUUACCCAAAGCCUCUACCUGAAGAUACCUCCAAUUUGCCCUCUCGUCCUCCUGUAGUUACUAUUAUGGGUCAUGUAGAUCAUGGAAAGACAACUUUACUGGAUACUUUACGGAAAACAUCUGUGGCUGCUGGUGAAGCUGGUGGUAUUACUCAACAUAUUGGUGCUUUUUCUGUACUAUUACCAUCAAAGAAAAGUAUUACCUUUUUGGAUACACCCGGACAUGCAGCAUUCUCAGCUAUGCGGGCUCGUGGCGCACAAGUAACGGAUAUCAUUGUUUUGGUUGUUGCAGCAGAUGAUGGAGUCAUGCCACAAACACAAGAAGCGAUCAAGCAUGCACAUAAUGCUGGGGUACCUAUGGUAGUUGCUGUCAACAAAUGCGAUAAACCUGGCGUGGAUACAUCCAAAGUCAAACAAGAACUAGCACGGUAUAAUGUUCAUUUGGAAGAAAUUGGUGGUGAUGUACCUUGUGUCGAAGUCUCUGGAUUAACGGGUUUGAACUUGGAUCAAUUGGAAGAAACAAUUGCUACAUUAUCUGAAAUUCUAGAACUGAAGGCCGAACAACAAGGUAUGGGUGCUGAAGGUGUUGUAUUGGAAUCUCAAGUGGAAAAAGGUCGUGGUAAUGUCGCAACUGUACUGGUGCGUCGUGGAACUUUGAAAGCAGGCUCCGUUGUAGUGGCUGGGAAUACAUGGUGCAAAGUGCGAUCAAUGACGGAUCAUCAAGGCAAACCUUUAAAACAGGCCUUACCUGGUACUCCUGUCAAGAGUAUGGCCAAAACAGUAGUGGAAAACCGUCUCACUCGGCAACAAAGAGAUCAACAGUUACAAGAUUUAGAAAUCAUUAAUGCCAAACGAAGACAACAACGAGAAAUAUUGGAACAUGAACGAUUAGUGGAAAAACAAUACCAAAAGGAAAUGAUGAUGUACCAACGAGGAUUGUCAGAUCAAGUGCCUGAUUCACUUGGAAAACGACUCAGCGCGGUACAACAAGCAUUACGAGAAGAUGGGAUUAUUGAAUCAGAAGAUAAAACGCUGGAAUUUCGUGCUAUCGUUAAAGGUGAUGUCAGUGGUACAGUGGAAGCAGUAGUAGAUUGUCUUGGUGGAUUACAAAAUAAACAGAUUCGUGUCAAAGUAGUACAUGGUGGCGUUGGGCAGAUCUCGGAAGGUGAUGUUCAACUUGCUGCAGCGUGUGAAGGACAAGUGAUUGGAUUUAAUGUCAAGGCUGAUAAAAAAGUGAUGGCGGAAGCUGGCCGACGUGGUGUUACGGUGAAAUCUUACUCUGUUAUUUACAAAUUAUUGGAAGAAGUCAAGGAUCAAUUAGGUGAUAUGUUGCCUCCUGUAGUGACUACUCAAGUUGUUGGUGAAGCAUCCAUCUUACAAGUAUUUGAUAUCAGUGUCAAAGGAAGAGAAACCAAACCUGUAGCUGGUUGUAGGGUGACGAAUGGAACCAUUUCUCGUAAUGGUCGUAUAAGAAUUAUUCGUGAUAAGAAUACUAUCUGGGAAGGUGAAUUGGAUGCUUUACGACAAGUCAAGAAAGAUAUCAAUGAAGCAAAGAAAGGACUGGAAUGUGGUAUGUCAUUUGAAGGAUUUCAUCAAUUCCAACCUGGCGAUAUUAUUCAAAAUGUACAAACCAUAGAAACUAGACAAAAAUUAUAG